AUGUCGUUGCCGUAUCAGUGUGUCACUGCCCUCGGGCAGACUGGCAUCAUUUGCGCCGCGCGAGGCACUGUCCUCUUCACUUUCGGUGCUGACGGGUCACUGCUCUCUUCCUGGGAACACCCAGCGACGCAACGCAAGACCAGCUCCGUCGAAGGGGCCGCAGAGGAGGCAGCCGGCAAGGCUGGCGAGGAGAGCGGAGCUUCCUCGCCUCCCCCCAAAAAGCGCAAGGUGGACGCUGAGGGGGGUGUGGAAGCGGCGGGCACUGCACCCACGGAGGAGUCAGCUACAUCCACGGCGGACGAUGCAAAGAGCAAUGGCCGUCGCAACAGAUCCCAAAAGGCAAAACCCAAGCACCCCCAAUACAAUGUUCAGGAACAGCCGUACGUGAAUCUUCUGAAGGCAACUGCCAAUGGCGGGUACCUCGUUGCGAUUACGGGCACAGACAAGACUAUUUGGGUAUUCGAGCACGACGGCAAGGGUCAACUAAAGGAGCUGAGCCAGCGGUCUAUGCCCAAGCGCCCUUGUGAUAUUGCGUUAACGUCAGACGACACGGUCCUCCUAGUUGCCGACAAGUUCGGAGACGUCUACUCCUUGCCGCUCGUGCCAUCUGCCGAUGGCGAGACCGAAGCCGGCGCCAGCACACCCGCGUCCUCAAAGGCGCCGCCGCGUCUCGUGUCCAAGGGCGCCAACCCUCUGACGGUACACUCCAAGCGCAACCUGAAGGCGCUGGAGGACCAGAAACGCCAGAGGGAGUCCCAGGGGGAAAACGGCGGUUCGAAACCAAGGGACGCGCCGACGUUCGAGCACGAGCUGCUCAUCGGCCACGUCUCCAUGCUCACGUCCAUCGCCGUCACGUCGUCCAACGGCAAGCCCUACAUCUUGACCGGCGACCGUGACGAGCACAUCCGUGUCUCUCGCGGGAUCCCGCAAGCCUAUGUUAUCGAGAGCUUCUGCCUGGGCCACACGGCCUUCAUCAACGCGCUCUCGUUGCCCCAGCCCGAUGUCCUCGUGUCCGGAGGAGGCGACAACGAGCUGCAUGUGUGGGAUUGGAAGACGGGCACCCUGAAGGCCAAGGUUGAUCUGCUGGGGCACGUCCAGCAGGUCGUGCCGGGCGCCGACAAGCUCGCCGUGUCCCGACUCAUCUCGACAAACCAGUACAUAUUCGCUACUUGUGAACGGGUCCCUGCCAUUUUCGUUUUCACAACCACUGACGUGGGAGUGCACUUCGCACAGAUCCUCCAGCUGGCCGGAAACCCCCUGGACAUGGCGAUUGUCCCGGAACAGGGAGCGGCCGGCAGGCUGGUAGUCGGCGUGGACGGCGCCGACGCCGCUGCACGGCUCCUCGUCUUCACACCGCACGAGAACAGCUGGUCGCAGAGCACCGACGUCACGUUCCAGGAGACGGACGUCAAGGGGCUGGAGGCCGCGCGGGCCGAUCUGGACAGGAUUCUCUACACGGUGGAGAACCUGCGGAAGACGGACUUCGGGUUCGGCGACGACGACGCGGAGACCCCCGCCCAGGAGUCCGAGGCGGCUUCGACUCCGGCGUGA